AUGAGCAUCGAGGUCCCCGUUUCUCCCGGCCACCAUGACUGGCACUUUCCUGCCGGUCAACGGCUUGACUUCUUCCCCUCGAGCGUGCCCUCGUAUGGACACUCGAGGAAUCUGAGCAAAGACAACCCGGCACUACCUGAACUACCACUCUUUCUUGCCGCCAGAUCUGUUGUUCUUGCCGAUCCUCACAAAGUCGCCAUCGUCGACAAGACUAAGGACCAGAGCUUUACCUACGUCCAACUUUUGAACGAUGUAGCUGCAUUGAAAGCUCAAAUACAGCAAUACCUGUCCGGCUAUGAUCCUACAGUUUCCAGCCAUUCGGAAGAACCGAGGGUAGCUUUCCUCGCACCUGCUGGAUACGAUUACGUUGUUACUCAAUGGGCGGUUUGGGCAGCUGGAGCUGUCGCUGUGCCGCUGUGCACAUCUCACCCGCUCAAAGAGCUCCAGUACACCAUUUCCGACUCAGAUCCAUCCCUGAUACUCCUCCACCCGACAUUUCAGAAAUUCGAGGCCGGCUUGCAAGAGCAAGCCGGGUCUGCCGUCCCCAUCGUCCCCGUUACGCCACUCACCCAAAGUUCGAAAAACUUCCCAUUCCUGCCGAGGUUCACAACGUCUUUCCCCCUGUCACGACGAGCACUGAUGAUCUAUACUUCGGGAACGACGUCGCGACCGAAGGGCUGCAUUUCAACCCACGAAACGAUCGUCUUCCAAGCACGAAGUUUAGUGGAAGCCUGGAAAUAUGAUCGCUCCGACCACCUCAUCCACGUACUUCCUCUUCACCACGUCCACGGCAUCAUCAAUGGACUUACCGCGACGCUCCUCGCUGGGGGCACCGUAGAGAUGUACCCUAAAUUCGAUGCCAAGACGGUCUGGAGCAGAUGGUCGCAGAAGGGCUCCUCGACCAUGUUCAUGGCCGUUCCGACCGUGUACUCGCGUUUGAUUGACUAUUUCGACACCAACAUCCGCGGCACGCCCUCCGAGUCAACGGCGCGGGAAGGAGUUCAAGCUCUUCGUCUCAUCGUUUCGGGUUCGGCGGCCCUUCCUAUCGCCACGAAGCGCAAGUUCGAAGAAAUCUCCGGACACGAGCUCCUCGAGAGAUACGGCAUGACCGAAAUCGGAAUGGGCUUGUCCUGUGGUCUCGAGCGUGACCAGCGGAUAGAUGGGAGCGUUGGCUGGCCGCUACCCGGCGUGCAAGUUCGACUGACCGAGGAGAAAUCUGGCCGGAUCAUUACUUCAUCGGGUCAGGAUGAGUCGGGUAUGAUUGAGAUCAGAGGACCCAAUUUGUUCCUGGAGUAUUUCCGACGGCCCGAGUCGACUGCCGAGUCGUUCACACAGGACGGAUGGUUCAAGACUGGUGAUGUGGCGAAGCGAGAAGCCAACGGCGCUUAUUUCAUUCUUGGCCGAGACAGCGUGGAUAUCAUCAAGAGCGGCGGGUACAAAAUCUCCGCGCUGGAGGUCGAGCGAAAGAUUCUGGGGAACGAGGCUUUGAGCCCUCUCGUCAGUGAGGUUGUCGUCGUGGGCGUUGAGAACGAGGAGUGGGGCCAGCGAGUCGCGGCCGUCGUGAAGCUCAAGGAUUCGGCGACUACUACUGGUCUGGAUCUCGCGACCCUCCGCAAACACCUGAAGGAAGACAUGGCAGCAUAUAAAGUCCCGUCCAUCCUGAAGCUGGUCGACUCGAUCGAGCGCAACGCAAUGGGCAAGGUUAACAAGAAGGAAAUCCUGAAGCUGCACUUUGCACCGAAGGAGUGA